CGCAUCUAUUCCCCCUCUUCCACGUCUUCUUCCAUCACCACACGCCCUUGCCUAUUUCUGACGGAGCUGACGACCGUUGCUGUCCGAGGUCGCCGCCAUGGCCGCCUUCGCCAUGCCUUCGUCUCCGCCUACCUCAGCCUCGACUGGCGCACCAGGAGCUUCAUCCACUUCUCCUUCAUCCUCGCCAUGCGCCGCCACCAUGAUCAGCGCGAAGGUCUUCUUCGUGCGACAUCCACAUUCGUCCCCGAGCCAAACCGCUUCACCAUCGAGCUCCAGGCAUUUGCUUCUUCCCGGAUAGGACCACGAAGUGGUGUGGUGAGAUACGACAAGUUCUCUGGAUGUUCCUCGGCAAGCUUUAACAGGUAUGAAGACCGGUACGAUGAAGGCGACGUUAGCAAGGUUACCCUUCCGGCUUGGCCUGGGCGGGGUUAUGGACGCCAUCGUUUAUCUUCAGGACUCUUAGUCCAAAUUUGUAUCUUGUCCGUACUCGGAUGUAUUUGAUCUUCUGUAUGAUUUGGAUCUUUGUAUGUAUCUAUUUGUAUCUUGACUCGUUGGAGUCGUUGUUGUAAUAUAUCUGUUUCUUGUGGGCUCUAUUGUAA